AUGGCGGAUGGUGAUCGAUGGCAGGGCAGGCCUGCACAGCCUUCAGCCAUGCAGCGUGCAUUUGAUGAUGCCACGAACCGACUGGCGCGGCGGCUCGAGGCGGAAUCGAUCUCUGCGCCGCCGCCGCUGCGCAGGCCGUCGCGCCUGAUGCUUACUGGAACGCCGGCGCCGGGCCGCCUCGAGGCCGCGGCUGCCAAUAAAGAUCUCGACGAAGCGCGCGCGUUGUGCGGGACCGCGUGGACAAAUCGCUUGGCGGCGCUACUGCCGGACGGCUGGCGCUUAGGCCCUUGCGUCGGGGUUGGCGACGGCGAGCGGCUUGAACCGCCGUGCUUCGACAGAAUUGAAAGCACCGCGCUCGUUUCGCUCCUUGAAUUGCCAGCAAUUGCGAGGAGUCCAGAACUCACUCCAUUCGAGAAUGGGUUGAGUUCUGGACUCCUGCUCAACUUCCUAUUCCAGAACGAGGACGAUGGCAGAGUCAUUUUGGGUCAUGACACUAGCAGAAACGAGUUCGCUCUCAGGCCCGGUGAACACUUGGCCUCCGUGUUUUGUAGAUAUUCCGGGCUUCGUCGCGAUGGUAAAGUCAACGGCCUGCUUUUCGAAACCACCGCCGGUCGCUCUGCACCGCGCUUCAAGACGCUGCGUUAUACGGACGGGCCAGAAAGAUUUAUAGAAGCCCCGCCGGGGUUGGCGAUCCGCAAUUUCUAUGGGCGAGUUAGAAAGCUUAGAGCGAGCUCCUUAAAAAGGCUCCGUAUGGCGGAAGCAGAUGGAACGGAGUACCGGUUACUCGAGAUCUGUUGCCUCGGAGUCGUUUUCGGUCCGCGGACCGCGGCCGUCUGGCGCCCAGGCACACCUGUACGUUUCUCAGACGCCGCCACGGCCCGCGCGCGCGCGGUAAUUGAUCUCGCCGACGGGGAUGGGCCGCUCGGCCGGCUGCCCGAGGUGUUGGUCCACCUCGUGCUCGCUUUCGCCAUCGACCUCUUCCCCGCAUGA